ACGGUUUUAAAAGAUAACAAUUACGACAUAGCAUUAUUCACGCAUUUACGCGUGAGAGGCUGUCGGACCAUCAGAAUGCGAGGGGUGUGGAAGUUGCUACUCAUAAUCAUCUACACGAUGGUUGGCGCAAAAAUAUCGAGUGGUAACGGUGAUAUCUGGCCACUGGAACGUCCAGAAGGAAUGCCAUCGAUCCAAUCCCUUGAGGUUAUGUGUGGAAAAGACCACAUGGACGUCCACCUCUCUUUUUCUCAGCCAUUCGACGGAAUAGUAUCGUCAAAAGGACAACACGCGGAUCCAAGAUGUGUCUACGUGCCGCCAUCUACAAGUCAGACAUUUUUUUCCUUCCGAAUAGCCUACGCCAGAUGCGGGACCAAGCCUGACAUGCAUGGCCAAUUCUACGAAAAUACAGUAGUCGUUCAGUAUGACAAGGACCUGUUGGAGGUCUGGGACGAGGCCAAAAGACUGAGAUGUGAGUGGUUCAAUGACUACGAAAAAACCGCCUCGAAACCUCCGAUGGUUAUCGCGGACUUGGAUGUCAUUCAACUGGACUUUAGAGGAGACAAUGUCGACUGCUGGAUGGAGAUACAGCAUGGAAAGGGACCAUGGGCGCCACCGGUAUCUGGAAUUGUACCUCUGGGCUCUACUUUAACGUUGGUUGUCGCGAUUAAUGAUUACAGAGGAGAAUUUGACAUGAGAGUUAAAUCCUGCGUGGCAUCUGACGGAGGAGGACAUACAAUCCAACUUAGUGAUGAGCUUGGAUGCGUCCUGAGACCAAAGAUGAUAAGCAGGUUCCUUAAGGCCCGGGGCGCUGACGAUCGCGCGACUGUUAUAACCUACGCAUUUUUCCACGCAUUCAAGUUUCCAGACGCGCUUAGUGUUCACAUUAAAUGCAAGGUUGAAAUAUGCAGACACGGGUGCUUGGACCACUGUCAACUGACUGGUGCAGCCGGGCAUUACAUUCAAGACCGCAAGGACCACCCGGUCCGGAACUUGUAUCCUCAAACCACCCAGACCACAAUCACGCAUGAGGACGACACUUCUCUCUAUGAUGAUAUUAUACAAAAUGGCGACGAAAUGGCCUCUAUAGGCGGUCAGUUUCUUGGGGUCGAAAAGUCUGCCCCCAAAGCUCAAGCACAAAUUGGCAAUCGCAAUACUCCUCAGGUUCAAGAGGAAUCGGAGGAACAUAACCAAGAGACUCCAGAUUUGGCUCACUCUUUUCUGGACCCACCAAGAGUAACCAGGUACGAAGGAGAAGAGCAAUUCCCCCACGGGCCCCGGAACCUGGAAGAAGACUCAAAAAUCACCCCGAUAAUGAGCAACGGAAGUCGUCGCCGCAGAUCAGUGAAAGUUCUGGACCGCAAGGCGCGAUCCGCGGACGUAGGAGUCAGCGGAAUUUACGAGGUGAUUUCUGAGGCUGACUUGGCAUUCAGUCCGGACGCCCACGCGGAAGCGGUGACGGUUUUCCAAGGACGAAUUCGCGAGGAAGUGGUCUACGGGAUUUGCUUACCGAUGCCCGGAUUCAGCGCCCUCUUCGUAAUUGUGGCACUCUCCGCGGUUGUGUCCGCGCUGGUGGCCGGCGCAAUGCUACACCGACUGCAAGUUCAACGGGAGGUCGUCGGCAGCCCCAAAAACAGGGUCGCGGUCGCGGUCAAUGCCAACGGGUGGCUCCCCUACGGACUGCUCAGGGUCAGGGGCAACGAAAGGGCCCAAGAGGACCGCCACAAGCAGGAGGACACGGGUAAUCCCAUCGAGCAGGGCUAG